AUGUCGUCCAAGCGAAUUGCAAAGGACUUUGCCAACUGCCAGGCCAACGCGCCGGAAGGCAUGACCAUCGAGAUGCCGUAUCCAGACGAUAUGAGCAUCUGGCACAUCACGCUCCAGGGGCCUCCUGACACCGUCUAUGCCAAGGGCACCUACGGCCUCGUCGUCGUGCUGCCCAACAACUACCCCUUCAAGCCGCCUGUCGUCACAUUUGCCACGCGCAUCUACCACCCCAACGUCACCAACGACAGCGCCGGCAACAUCUGCCUGGCCAUCCUCAAGACGGACAACUGGAAGCCGGCGUUCCCAAUGACAAGCGUGCUCGAGGCCGUGCGGAAUCUGCUGGUCGAGCCGCAGCCGGACGACCCGCUGGAGGCGCGCAUUGCCGACGAGUACCGGACACAGCGGGCCGCCUUUGAGGAGCAGGCGCAGCUGUAUGUGGAAAAGUAUGCCAAGGGCGCGCCCACGUUCCCGCCACGGCCGGACGCGGAUGGCAAGGCCUAG